AAGGUAACAGAUGUUGACUCCCCAACUGGUGACCAUGCAUUAAUUGAUAUUGGUAAAUUGGUUGGAUUGAAUCCUAGAAUGGUAACCGUUCGUACCAAAUCACGUGAAUCAACAUCAUCAGACAGCCAACCUACGGUCAUUCCAAAUUUUGUAAGAAAUGCCGCGAGAACUCGUAAUAUAAAUCAUCAUCAACAACAACAACAGCAUCAACAACAAACCAACUUCCAACAGACGUCAAUUCCACCUCAUAUGAGAAACCAACCACAUCAACAGCAAUCACAAAGAGUCGGACCGUUGGUAAAUCAACAGAAUGUAGCUGGCACAAAUCAUCAACAAAUUCUGGACCAUCAUGAUGAAAGUUUGAGCGACAAAGAAAUUUUUCCAG